UUUUUUAGUUCAAGGAUCAAUUCGAAAGUCCAUAUAAUAGUUCAGAACCAAAAUAGAGUUUAACCUUUAAAGAAUUAAGACCAGUGGAAACAAGGAAACGACCAGCCAACUGUUUCCGCGUUAUUUGUCACAUUUUUCUAGAAAGUGACCCCUUUUCCGCGUUGAGCUCAGCAAUUCCAUUGCCAGUGUUGUUGACACACUUUCCCUCUACUCCACCAAUGACCAAUCCCCACAUCCUUCCGUGUCCAUUACUUCACCACCACUUCGCGUGUACCAGAUAUCUCGUUUCCCAAACCCUUUUCACUCGUGCCCACUUCCAUCAUUACUCCAAAAUAUUAAAAAAAAAAAAAAGUCUAGAAAGAGAAAAGAAAAAGUCAGUCAAACUACCUACUGUACCAUUAAUCUUGACCAUUCUUUUGUUUUUGCUUAAUUUUGGUAGCUCUCUGGUUUUUCCUCCUUAACCCCAUAACCAAACAAAAUCAAUACCGUUUUCCGUUCCAUUGCCAUUUAAGUAAUAAUAAAAAACGGACUUACAUACUUAAAGAAAAAAUAAUAAUUAUUAGACGAAUUAAAUUAAAGAAUUGGAC